AUGUGUAUCACGCUUGAAUCUCUAUCGCUUCUCAAUGACAUUGAUGCGUCGGCGAUCUCAUGGUCCGGAGGUUGCCUGGACAUUUUUGGCUUGGGCACUAAUAAAAAAGCUCUCUACCACAAGUGGUGGAAUGGAGCAUGGGGCCCUUCUCUAUCCGACUGGGAGAAUCUCCGUGGCACUUUCAGCAGUGAACCAACGGCAGUGUCAUGGGGCGCCAACCACAUUCAUCUUUUGGGAACUGAUAAUGAAAUAUUUCAUAAACGGUGGGACGAUGUACCACAAGGCAUGGGAUGGAAACUCUUGGAGCAGAAGGGAGGAGCUUGGGGUGUUUCAAAUAGUCACCAGGUGCAGCUGCUUGCGGCUGCAAUCGACUCGACAUUUUUGGUAUCGGAACAAACAACGCACCUUUUCACAAACGGUGGGAUGGAAGUUGAUGUGGUCAUCACCUACGGGAUGGUAAGAUAUAGGUGGUAUCCUCACUAG